GUUAACGGGGGGGACGUCGCGGGGGGGGACGGGGACGGCCGUUAGGGGGCGGUGUCGCGUGCCCCGUCGCCUGGCAACGUGGGAUGGCGGCGGCGGGCGAGCAGCGGGGCCGCGAGUACCUGGAGCGACACCGCAUCCCCGAGCUGCUCCGCAGCCUCUGCGCGCUCCUGCUCUAUCACCGGCCCGAAAAACCACGCGAGUUUCUGAUCCAGGUCCUGGAAAGAGUGAUGGCUGGAAAGCGAGGUGAGGGGGAGUAUCCUUGCCUCAUGGAUGACUCGAACCUGACUGCUAUGUUCGAGAUGAUGGAUGUUGUGGGUCAAGGCUACAUAACAGCAGCACAGUACAGAGAAGCUCUCAGAACCCUGGGACUGAGCACAGAAGGUCUGCAGGCUGACGAUGAUGUGCAUAUCACACUGGACGCAUUCAAGGAGGAAGUGUAA